AUGGCCAGCUGGACGCAAGAGCGCAAGAACCACUCAACUGUCGACACUGGCUACACACUUAACGCUUCACCACUUGAGAAUCCCGUGACAUCGGAUAAUGUCUUCCAGCGCAUCAUAGCUUGGUAUCUUCCGCCACAUAUACGCGAUGAAGUCGUCCCCCAACUCAUCCGAUUUGGUGAAGAAGCUGUGUCACCUCGUGUAAAUGACUGGAUCGCAAAUGCUGAGAAGCAGGAGCCUUAUGUGAAGCAAUACGACGCUUGGGGAAGACGCUAUGCCGUCGACAAACUAGUUACAAGCGAAGGCUGGAAGCAGCUUGGAGUCUGGGGCUCAAAGAAUGGCGUGGUCGCACGCGGCUACGAGGCAGAAUUUGGCUCCCAUCGGCGUCUGGUACAGCACUCUUUCAACUACAUCUUCUCCGCCUCCAGUGCCGUCAGAUCGUGCCCCGUCAGCAUGAGCAGCGGCGCGUCGCGUUUGGUUUCGAAGUUGCUCAAGGACUUGCCUCCAAAGCAUUUCUUACACGCAGUCUACCAGCGACUGAUAUCUCGGACAGAUCCAUGGGUGUCGGCUCAAUGGAUGACUGAAAGGCCUGGCGGAUCUGACGUACAAAACUCGGAAACAUAUGCCACGCAUUCGCCGUUCGCAGAAGCGCGGUCUGAAGAUCCCGAGAUUGUUCUUGGGCAAGGAGACUAUCUUCUCUCUGGCUUCAAGUGGUUCUCAAGCGCCACCGAUUGUGAUAUUGCCCUCAUACUAGCUCGUACAGAGCCCGCCGCACAGCUGUCCUUGUUCAUCGCGCCCACCCGAAUCACGCAACCUGAUGGGACCCUGGUCUCGAAUGGCGUGCGCAUUCACAGGAUGAAAAAGAAAAUGGGAACGAAAGAGCUUCCCACAGCCGAGCUAGAACUUCGAGACAUGCGAGCACAUCUGAUCGGCAAGCCAGAGCGAGGCAUAGCGACAAUUGCACUGCUGUUGAAUGUUACACGGACCCAUAAUUUCUUUGUGGCUCUAUCAUGCUGGCGUCGAGGUCUGGCGAUCGCGAAGGCCUUCGCCAAGGUUCGAAGCACACUCGAUCAGCCGCUUGCCACGUUUCCGAUGCACCUGCGACUUCUGGCGAAUCUAGAGCUGAAGCAUCGUGCGUGCAUGCAACUAGGCUUCUUUACCACAGCAUUGCUCUCGUUUGCAGACAACGGUCAUCCACCGGAGACAUCGAGCACCACUCAACUACCUGGGCCUGGCAAACAUACCGAGGUCCUGCUUCGAGCAUUGACAGCAACUUCGAAGGCAAUCAUCUGCAAGAUCGGAUGCCAGGGGCUCCAGGAAUGCCAAGAAGCAAUGGGUGGAGUGGGUUACCUGGAUGACCCAGACGAUCCCGAGUUCAACAUCAGCCGUCUGUACCGAGACACGGCAGCAAACAUGACUUGGGAGGGCACUACAAAUGUUCUUGCGAGCGAAGUUGUCAGGCAUCUUUGCAAUAAAGACCAUCUGGAAGUCGUUGACGUAUGGUUUCGUGCCAGCUUUCAGCGCAUACAGAGCGAAGAGUUGAAAUCAGGCGUGGAGGCUGCUUGGUCCGUACUUCGCGCUCGGCUCGCUGCGGGUAAGAACAAUGUCGGACCUCUCCUAGCAGAUGGCAGAGAAAUCAUGUUCUCCUUCGGGUGGCUUGUCAGCUCAGUGUUGCUGUGCCAUGACGCACAGAGAGACCACGAAGCGAUUGCCGCUGAGUGUGCCAGGAGAUGGGUCUUAGAAGGUCAGGGUGGCUAUGGCGAAUGGGUCUUGCCGGAUGUCAUCGCGGCUGCAAGAUCCCAAAAAGGACCAGACAAGAUCUCGUCCCUGGAGGCAGAGUGUCGGAAUUGGGAUUGCAGGAUCGUGUGGGAAUGCGAUCUACCAGUCGACGCAGCCUUGGGAUACCGUCCAAACGUCAGUAUGAAGGCGAGACUGUGA